CACUUGAGGAGACACAGAGGUUCCUCACUGCUAGACUUUCCCCAGAGUUGGGUCCUCAGGAUGUCCUCUAAACUAAAGGAACGAAAAAGGACUCCAGUGUCUCACAAAGUGAUUGAGAAAAGAAGAAGAGACCGGAUCAAUCGCUGCCUUAAUGAAUUGGGGAAGACUGUGCCAAUGGCGUUGGCAAAGCAGAGUUCUGGGAAGUUAGAAAAAGCGGAGAUCCUGGAAAUGACUGUUCAGUACCUGCGAGCCUUGCAUUCUGCAGAUUUCCCUCGUGGCAGAGAAAAGGCAGAGCUUUUAGCUGAGUUCGCCAACUAUUUUCACUAUGGAUACCAUGAGUGUAUGAAGAAUCUAGUCCAUUACCUGACCACAGUGGAACGGAUGGAGACCAAAGACACCAAAUAUGCUCGGAUCCUGGCUUUCCUGCAGUCCAAAGCUCGCUUUGUCACCGAACCCAUCUUCACCUCUCUGGGGUCACUUCCAGAACCGGACUUCUCCUACCAGUUUCACCCGGCUCCGGAGUGCCCGGCUCACAGUCCCAAUGAGUCUGUGUUUCAGCAGGGGUCCGGGGGGCCCUUUUCCUGGCAUGGUCCUGCCAGAAGCCCCACCAUCCCGUACCUUUCUAACGCAGCCAUGCCCCUCCCCAACCCCGGGCAGCAACGUAACACUUUCCUGUCAUCAGUACAGGGUCUGGACAGACACUAUCUCAACCUGAUCGGCCAUUCCCACCCCAGCACCUUCAGCCUGCCCCAUGGCCAGCACCCUUCCGUGCUAUAGAGACUCGGCCUGGGGGCUGCAUAUUUAUGGGGGGAGGAGAGUAAAUUAUCCACAGACGCGUAUAUUCACCCAGCAAGCGGUAGUGUACACAUGUAAAUACACGUGAUUGGGAAGUCAAAGUUUGCUGCGGAGGGGGGUCGGGUAAAUGAUCAGUGGGAAAGGGGCUAAGGAUUGUUCCAGCGGGGCGUGCUUUUGCGAUGCGCUCUUUAUCCCACCUGCUAGCUUUGUCCUUGCUCGCUUAGUUUUUCUGAGCCUGGCGCAAGCCACGUACAGAGCUUGGAAUAAAUGUGAUCUGAA